UACCGCCGGCGAGGUGUGAGGAAAAUCAUGGAAAAACCAAAAAAAUAAUAAAAAAAAUAUCGCGUUUUAAGUUUCACUUACAAUAAAUUAAAAACAGGAAAUUUAAUGCUCGCUAUUUUUUGUUUCGGAUUUAUAUUAAUUAAAUUUUUCGAAAUCUUUUGAUGUGCAAAUUUUCAUCGAUAUAAGGAUAAUUUUAAACACGCACUGCCCUAAAUAGUAACGAAAUGAUUUCGAAACGUGAAUGGUAGAGACAAAGUGUUAGUAAUUUAAAAAAAAAAAGAACUUUUAUAAUAAUUUCAAAAGUGCCAAAAAUAAGCAGAAAUGAAGUGGAAGAAACAGACCCUAGUGUCAGGGGAUACUUCGGAAGGGGAUAUUGGACAUAGCUACUUGGGAACACUUAUGUAUGGUCGUUAUCAACGCGACCUAAGUGAAGCGGCCAGAGAAGAAGCUAGAAGACUUAGAAGACUAAGAAAAAGAAGACGGAAAGAUGACAAACUUCGGCAAAAAGAACUGGAGGCCACAGGCAAACAUCGACCUAGGGGGAAGUUUUUUAAAGUUUUAGGUUACGUGUGGAGGCAUACGUUCGCGCGGCUGGGCGAGGACUGGGUCUUCCUGGCGCUGCUCGGCAUCAUCAUGGCGAUCCUCAACUUCGCGAUGGACAAAGGCAUCGCUGUCUGUAACAAUGCACGUAUGUGGAUGUACAAAGACUUGGCCACGUCUACUUUUAGUCAAUACGUAGCGUGGGUGUCCCUCCCUGUAUGUUUAAUUCUCUUCGCCGCUGGAUUCGUCCACAUAGUCGCCGCUCAGAGUAUCGGUUCCGGUAUACCAGAAAUGAAGACAAUAUUAAGAGGAGUUAAUUUGAAAGAAUACCUAACAUUCCGUGCUUUAAUAUCUAAGCUUAUUGGUCUCACUGCUACUCUAGGAUCUGGUUUGCCGCUUGGCAAAGAGGGUCCAUCAGUUCACAUAGCAUCAAUGGUAGCUAGUCUGCUGUCCAAACUGGUGACAACGUUCCAAGGCAUCUACAGUAACGAGUCGCGUACCACUGAGAUGUUGGCAGCCGCUUGCGCUGUGGGAGUUGCUUCGUGUUUCGCCGCUCCUGUUGGAGGAGUGCUGUUUUCCAUAGAAGUAACCACCACGUACUUCGCAGUGCGGAACUACUGGCGCGGGUUCUUUGCCGCGUGCUGCAGCGCUAUCAUGUUCCGGCUGCUGUCAGUUUGGUCGGGCGCCAUGCCCACCGUCAAGCCACUGUUCCCCACCAAUCUCCCGCAGGAUUUCCCCUUCGACCCGCAGGAGUUCGCCGUGUUCGUGCUGCUGGGUAUCGUGUGCGGUCUCAUGGCUGCCCUGUGGGUGUACCUCCACCGCCAGUACGUGCUAUUCAUGCGAAACACCAAGGUCCUCAGCAACUUCUUGCAGAAGAAUCGCUUCAUCUACCCGGGCUUCAUGACGCUAGCGGUGAUGUCGAUCCUGUUUCCCCCGGGUAUCGGGAAAUACAUGGCCGCCGACCUGGGCAACCAGGAACAGGUGUUGUCUCUAUUCGCCAACUUCACGUGGUCGGACUCGCUGACGGCGGAGCAGGCGGCCAUCGUGGACCACUGGCGCACGCCGGAGGUGGACCACUUCGGAUGCCUCAUCAUAUACUUCUUCUCUAUCUUCUUCCUGAGCAUGGUGGCAUGCACGCUGCCGGUGCCGGCGGGCAUCUUCGUGCCGGCGUUCAAGAUGGGCGCGUCGCUAGGCCGCUUCACGGGCGAGGUCAUGCACUACUUCUGCCCGCUGGGCGUGGCCUACGGCGGACACAUACAGAAGAUCUUGCCGGGCGGCUACGCGACGGUGGGAGCGGCGGCGUUUACUGGCGCCGUGACUCACACUGUCUCCACUAUUGUCAUCUGCAUCGAGAUGACGGGCCAGGUGACGCACCUGCUGCCGAUAAUGGCGGCAGUGCUAGCGGCCAACGCGACGGCAGCGCUACUGCAGCCCUCGUGCUUCGACAGCAUCAUCCUCAUCAAGAAGCUGCCGUAUCUGCCCGACCUGCUGUCUUCAGCCAGCCGUAUGUACGACAUCUGUGUGGAAGACUUCAUGGUGCGCGACGUGAAGUACAUCUGGAACAGGAUGACCUUCCAGCAGUUGAAGGACAUCCUCAAAGAGAACAAGACGAUCAAGAGUUUCCCCCUGGUAGACAGUCCUUCAUCCAUGGUACUGUUGGGCUCCAUACACCGCUGGGAGCUGGUGCGAGUUAUCGAGCUGCAAGUGGGGCGCUCCAGGCGCCUGCAGGUGGCAGCGUUGUGGCAGCGGGAGGCAGAGGCAGCCAGGAGAAGAGACGAGGAGAAGAGAAAGACUAGAAGACCGUCAAGAUUCGAGGUGACUCCAGCACCUGACAUGCUGCAGGUGCCGGGCGGCAUGACGCGCGGCGGCUCGCUCACCACGCAGGACCAGGGCGGACUCAUCCCUGCCCCAGGACAGCUCUUCCGGCCCAAGUCGAUCCUCAAGAAGACCAACUCGUUCACACUGACGCGCGGGCUGGUGUCGCCCGGCAGCGGCCCGCAGACGCCCGUCGCGCUGCACCCGUCGGUGUACACCACCGUCACCGGCGCGGAGACCAGGAUCCGCGCCGCCUUCGAAGCCAUCUUCAAGCGCUCGACGCUGCUGCCCGACGUGGAGAGCGGGCUCACGGAGCAGCUGGGCGGCCUGCCGCGCAGCCCCUCCAUCAACAAGAAGGUGCAACUGCCUCGUGAACGCGUGUGCGACAUGUCUCCCGAGGACCAGAAGGCGUGGGAGCAGCUGGAGAUGGCCAAAGAGAUCGACUUCGACCGGAUGCUGCAGAUCGCCAGGAAACGAGAGCUGCACCACGAUGACUCGGAGUACGAGGACGAGACCUUGUACAUCUGCCACAUCGACCCCGCGCCCUUCCAGCUAGUGGAGCGGACCUCACUGCUCAAGGUACAUUCGCUGUUCUCCACGCUGGGAGUGAGUCGCGCCUACGUCACGGCCAUCGGACGACUCAUUGGAGUGGUGUCUCUAAAAGAGCUUCGGAAAGCGAUAGAAGACGUCAACUCCGGCGCACUGACGCCGCUGACGCGCCCGGAGCCGCCGUCGUUGCCGUCGCCCAUGAUGAUCAAAGUGCCGCGCUCCGAGCCCGCGCCGCCGUCCGACAAAGACACCGACAAGCUGACCACGCACUGAACGCCUCCGACACGACACGGUGAGUAGAUAGUCGCUGCCGUCGCCCAUGAUGAUCAAAGUGCCGCGCUCCGAGCCCGCGCCGCCGUCCGACAAAGACACCGACAAGCUGACCACGCACUGAACGCCUCCGACACGACACGGUGAGUAGAUAGUCGCUGCCGUCGCCCAUGAUGAUCAAAGUGCCGCGCUCCGAGCCCGCGCCGCCGUCCGACAAAGACACCGACAAGCUGACCACGCACUGAACGCCUCCGACACGACACGGUGAGUAGAUAGUCGCUGCCGUCGCCCAUGAUGAUCAAAGUGCCGCGCUCCGAGCCCGCGCCGCCGUCCGACAAAGACACCGACAAGCUGACCACGCACUGAACGCCUCCGACACGACACGGUGAGUAGAUAGUCGCUGCCGUCGCCCAUGAUGAUCAAAGUGCCGCGCUCCGAGCCCGCGCCGCCGUCCGACAAAGACACCGACAAGCUGACCACGCACUGAACGCCUCCGACACGACACGAGUAUGAGACGACACCAACGACCCAGUCAAUAGAGACAGAGCAGCCGGCGUUAUAAAUAAGGCGUCCUAGGGAAGUAUAUAAAUAUUAGUCACAAAAUACUACGUAUACGAGGUUCAAAGUGAACCCCUUUAACUGAACUAGUCCAGUGAGUGGAGGUUAAUUAAUUUGAUUUUAUAUAAUUAACAAUAAUGAAAAAUAUGUACCUUGAUGUACCAUACGUAUUAAGAUACCGUAAAGAUUUUCUGACUAUAGUGUUUUUGGUAUGAGAUAAAUCACGUACCCCCACUGAUUGGAUUAUAUUUAUUUAUUAUAAUUAUAAAAUAUUUAUUGUUGGACUACCCUACCUAGUUGUAAAAUCUUUUUAGAGUCGACAAAUGGUCAUUUUUCACCUGUUUAAGGUCACAAAGGUUGUGUAUGUAAUUUAAAUUGUUUAUUUAUAUACUAUAAAAAAAUAUGUGAAAUAUUCCAAAUUUUUUGAAAAUUAGAAUGCUGUUAGAGAUUUUUAAAAAAAUAUUGUUCUAUGAUUAUCGUAAAUGUAAAGUUUAUGUCAUUACUAGUUAAAACCCACCAUGCUGCCCUAAAGUGGGUCGGUGGGCUUAGGUUGUAUUUAUGUAAAAUUGUACAUAAUAUUUCAAAUUAUGUAUGUCAUUAAAAUCUCAACAGCAUUCUAUAUUUUUAACCAAAAUCGAAGGCUUGUGAUUGAUGAAAUCAUUCCAAAAUAUAUAUUUAAAAAAUUUAGUUUGUAAGUAAUAAUUUAAAUGUUAUUUAUAGAAACAAAACCUGCCAAGUCUAAAAGACAUUGAAGGAAUGUUGUUGCUAAAAGAAAUCAAAAUGUGCCAUUCCAUUUUAACAUAGAUUAAAAAUCAUACAGUUCUUAAGACGCUUUGAGUUUAUUUAUUAACCAAACUGUGUUGGUGAUUUUUUUAAAUAGAUUAAAUACCAAAUAAUUAAAUUUGGAAAUUACUUAAUUGUCACAAAAAUCGAAUUGAUCUAACUAUGGAAAUGGAAUUGAAAAUAUUUAUUGAUAUUUUUCUAUUGCACCGUCACAAAUUCUUAAUCGAACAAAAUUUGAAAAACGGUCUUAACCAUUAUCAUCACACAGUAAUAUACAUAAAUAAUUUCGGAAUUAUGUAUAUUUUUUCAAUAUUGAAUUAUAUAGAUUUUUAUUGUGUGUACAGACGUACCUUAUAGACAUAUACACUAGGUGGUCUCGGAAAUUAUAAACAAACUGGUAAAAAACGCGUUUUACGAACUGUAUGAUUGCUAAGCUGUGAAUUACUCAUUAGCGUGAACUUACGCUUGAUUAUUUUACAUUUAAAAAAAAAUUAGCUAUUAAGAUAAUGUAUUUUUAUGCAAAGUGAAGUGAAAAUAAAUACGAGCCAAGCGCACAAACACUGUGAUGUCUAUAAAUACAUUAACCCCUAUAUUUAUAAACAUGGAAUAAGAUAAUAAUAAAAAGGUCUAUUUUCUUCAAAGUAAAGUGGACCUAAUUACGGCUUUUUAAAGUUCACUUUACUUUGAAGAAAUUUAAAGUUUACCUCCUAAUCCUUGUAUAUCCGUAUUAGUGAUACGUAAAUAAAAUUGACUUUUUGAAUUUGCUUUAAUCGGGCUGAGAUUUUUUUGUUACUCAAAACUCAAAACUCAAUAGGUAUUUAAAAACUUAAUCCGGGAUUACCUAAUCAUUACAAAAACGCAUGUUUUAAAUGACGUAAUCUAUAAGUUUCUAAAUGUGAAUUGCAUAAUUUUAUAGUCUUUUUUUGUAUAAUUUUGAGUUGUUUUAAACAACUACUUCUACAACUAUACAUUAAUGUAUAUUAGGUAAAUGAGUCCACCAGUGGCGCUGACAUGCGACCAAGUGAAGGGAAGAAGACAAAUGUCGACCACUAGCGGCGGAGAUAUCCCAGUCACAUUUCUUUUGUCGCAGCUCAAUGAAAGAUAUUUUUGGUUGAUCCGUUAUUGGUUGAAAGGAGAUGUCCCAAAAUCGCCCCAGGAGAAAUGAAAAAUACCAGAAAACAUAAAUAAUUAUAUAUAUAUAUAUUUUUCUUUUUGUUACCUCAUAAGUACGUCAUUUCUUAACCAAUUUUAAAAAUUCUUUUGUUUGUUUGAAAGAGUAUACUUCCUCCUUCUUAAAAUUAGAUUGGCCCCAUCUAAUUUUAAUAAAAACCGGUUCAGUAAUCGAAAUUGCUCGUACGGUGGCGUUUCGUUUACUACACUAAAACCAGAAAAAAAAAAUUAAAAAAAGAAUUUAACCGACUUCAGAAUUACAAAAAUAAAUAAGCGAAAUAUAACAUCGUAUGUGCUACCUUUAAAUCAUAAAGUUUUAGGAUUUUCAGACAAUUAUGUCUCAUGGUUCUUUCUUUCUUUAAUUAAUACGCCACACAAACAUACGCGUCGAAUUAAGAACCUCCACCUUUUUUUAAAGUCGGUUAAUAAAUUCAAUAAAAUCACCUUUCAAGUAUUAUUUUGAAAGCUUUUUAACAGAAAUCUAGGAAAUAGCAGGGUAAUCAAUUUAAUUUUAACCUUUUAUAUAAUGAAGGUCUGAUUGAAGGUUCCAUUGAAGGAAUUGAAUACAAUAACAUCUCACAUAAGUGAGAUGUUAUUGUAUUUAAUACACCAUAACCCCGCUAAACCCAUUAUCUAGGUCCAAAAAAUAAUUUUAUUAAUAUUUAUAGGAAAAUCAACCUAAAGGUUGUAGUUUCAUCAUGGCACAUUAACUUUUUUUCUGGGGCAAACAGUGUAUGGAGAGUGGGACAACUCCUUUCUCUAUAUCUUUUCAGGAGAUCUGCUGUUGGUCGCACGUUAGGUCUGAAGGUGGUUUUGGAUUUUGUGCAUUUUUCAAAGACGAAUGUUUGCUAAAAUUCGUCUAUUCGUGAAGUAGUAAUUUAAUUGUAUUUAGGGUAAGAGUAAGUUUUGUGAGCGCUCGCGCAUGUGAUCUGUUGGCUAUACGUUGUAAACAUUUUAUUGAUGAGUAAUUAUUUUAUUUAAUAAAUGAUGUGUUGUGCGUUGAA